AUGACAGAAAUAAAUUUAAAAGCAAAAGCUUUGGAUAUUUUUCGAAAUUCUAAAAAUACUAUCUAUAGUAUGUUUUUGGAACCCAUUUCUAAAGCACUUCACAUACCACAGGACUUGACUUAUGGAAGAUCCUCAUUACCACCUUCUCCUCAUGAACAAACAAUUUCAACUCAUUUGGUUAAUCAUGUUCAAGGAAUCGGAAAAUCGUUUUGGCAGGUGGAUGGAUCACUUGGUGGAAUGGUUAUUUUAUGUUAUGCUAUAAAAUAUCCAGAGACAUUUGAUUCGUUUGUGGUGAUGGCUCCUUUAAUUUAUAUAGAUGAUAAAGGCAGUCCUAGUAAACUAAUUGAAAAUAUAGCAAAAUUUCUUGUUAAAACAUCUUUUGAACAUCUAUCAUUUGCCAAAGCCUACCGUGGUAAAAGUAGUAAUGGUCCAUUACAUGAAUUU